AUGUUACUCGCUAUGCGUUUACGUGUUCACGAUGAACAAUACUUAUCAAUUUCAGGUUACGGUGAUUUACAAAGUUACGGUCACCCGAAUCAAGAGAGGACACCUAUUGAUCAGAUGAUCAAAGAGGGUACACGAUUCACACAAGCUUAUUCGGCCGACAGCAUGUGCUCACCGAGUCGAGCUGGCUUCAUGACGGGUCGAUUACCAAUACGUCUCGGUAUAACCGGAGGUGCACGAGUGUUCUUACCUCAGGACAUCGGCGGUUUACCGAAGAAUGAGGAAACAAUGGCAGAAAUGCUGAAACGAUACGGGUAUUCAACAGGUAUGAUCGGUAAAUGGCACUUAGGUAUCAAUCGAGAGAACCAAACCGACGGCACUUAUCUACCAUCGCAACGAGGUUUCGAUUAUGUCGGACUCAAUCUGCCCUGGACGAAUGCCUGGGAAUGUGAUACUGUGCUUUCAGAUAUUCGAAUGAACACGGAUAUUCAUAAGAAACCGUUCUUCUUCUAUUUCUCAUUCCCUCAUGUUCACAGCGCUCAGUUCGCCAACGAGCGUUUCUUGCACAGAUCCGUUCGAGGUUUGUUCGGUGAUAAUAUCAACGAAAUGGGAUGGGCUGUUGGUGAGGUGCUGCAGAGUCUACGUGAAGCUGCAAUUGAACGUCAAACUCUGGUGGUAUUGAUGUCCGAUCAUGGGCCACAUCAAGAGUUGUGUUUGAAUGGUGGUAGCACGGCUGGACUGAAAGGAGGUAAAUCGAACAGUUUUGAAGGCGGAUUCAGAAUUCCACUCGUCAGUUGGAUGCCAGGCACUGUAAGAGCUGGUGUCACAUCACAUGAAGUGAUCUCGGCAAUGGAUCUGUUUCCAACAUUCGAAAGAAUGGCUUCAAUGGGGAGAGUGUUUCAUCAACGACCCAUUUACUUCGAUGGCGUCGAUGUUGGCCCACAUCUUCUGGGGCAUACCACAGGCAGCAAAGGAACGCAUCUUGCACGCACACGACCGAUCUAUUAUUAUUGUAAUGAACAUCUGAUGGCGAUUCGAUAUGGCCAUUUUAAGAACGAUGAUAACUUCAUCGAAUCACUCGUGUCACCUGUUCUCAUCGAUUUAUUACUCGCUCUUAGAAACACAUCUAAAAUAACCCAUCAAAUGCACAUUUGCAGGUAUGUCUCACAGAAAUGUCCAGAAGAGCAUCUCAGAACGCAUGAACCUCCGCUGGUGUACGAUCUGAAUGUAGAUCAGUACGAAAUGUACGCGUUGAAAGAAAGUGAUCCAAGGGUGCACGAAGUUCGUGCAAAGGCGAAAUCCUUACGGAGAGACCAUAUGAAAACAAUCAUUCCGGUUGAGCAGCAAUUAGGUAGUUUUUCGCCGAACGUACUACCGUGUUGUAAUCCACCGUUAUGUGAGUGUGAUCUGUUGAGUGAUGAGCGAAUGGGUGUUCGAAGCAGCGAAUCUCAUCAUCACCAUACCGAUCAUCAUCAUCAUCACCACCAUAAUAUGCACACUCACGACCACUUCAGUCAUCAAGACACAAAGCCAAAAAGUCCGCAUCUCAAUCGACCAUUACUUGCGUCAGCACUCAAUGAAAUAUUUUUGACUAAUAAGUUCAGUUCAAAUCGUAAAUCUGCCAAUGAUGACAGCAAUAAAUCAAUACGAGGUGAAUAUUCCUAUGGUCAACUUCGUUCUUUCGUCUUUUACGGUGUCCGAUCGAAUGAUUCUUCUCAACGAAAACAACUCAACAACCUUUCAUUAGCCUCGAAAUCAUUUGUAUCACUUUCAGAAUCCACUCGGGAAUCACUGGACGACGUGAUUGUAUUGGAUGAGAAGUUGUCUCGAAAAAGGGAUCAUCAGAUUGACGAUUCUUCAUUAUCAUCUUAUCUACGGCGAUGA